AUGGUAGAAUCUAAAUCACAUGAUUCGGACGAUGUUGAAUCUGAUCCUGAAGAUCAAAGUAACCCUGAAUUAAAUGAUAACGAUGAUGAACUAGAAGUUGAUGAUGAUUUUGAAAUAGAAGAAGAUGAUACUGAGGGUCUGGAAGAUGAAAAUGAACACAAAGUCGAGGAAAUUAGUCCGAAUUCACAAAAUAUGGUCUGGAGAAAUGACGAAAGGCCAUUAAAUAGCGAUGAGGAGUUGGAACUUUCUCCUGGGUGCUAUGAUAUGUUACAUAGGAUUUCACUGGACUGGUCAUGUCUUUCGUUUGAUAUUUUAAAGGAUGACCUUGGUGCCUGUAGAGUCAAUUAUCCCUUUGAAUGUUACGUAGUAUCUGGAACUCAGCCCGGCACUUCCAAGGGUAUGGAUUCUCUGAUUCAUGUCAUGAGGUGGUCAAAUUUGACAAAAAAUUUCGGUGAAAUUGAUAGCGAUGAUGAGGAAGAUGAAGAUGAUUGUGUUUUUAGAAUUUCUAGCAUAAAACAUAAAGGGAUUGUUAAUCGCAUCAAAGCGUGCCCUCAAAACAGCAGGCUGGUAUGCUCAAUGUCAGAUACAGGGAAUGUAUACAUUUGGGACAUACAAAAUCAGCUCAACAACAUCAACACAGACAACUGGAAGGCGGAAUCUCCUCAUAAAAAGAAACCUUUGUUUACUUGUUCAUUACAUGAGUCUGAAGGAUACGCAGUAUCUUGGAGCCCGUUGGUUACUGGUAGGCUCGCUACUGGGUCCUGUGAUGGGUCUCUUGUUCUCUGGGAACCUAUUGAAGGGACUUGGAAUAACACAAAAACACUUCAACUCGACACGUCAAUUGAGGAUUUGAAUUGGAGUUAUACGGACUCAAAUGUACUUUUGUCUGGUUCUUGUGAUGGACUUUUAAGGCUCGUGGAUGUUAGAAAUGGACAAGUGGUUACAAAAGUUAGCGUGUCAGAAACCGACCUUAACUCUAUAUCUUUAAACUCCAUAGAUAAUAAUUUGGUUCUGACUGGAUCCGAGGACGGGUCAGUAAAGAUAUUCGACCUUAGAUAUCCUGAAACCUACCUUUCGAACCUAAAGUGGCACAAAAAGCCAAUCACUUGUGUGGAUUGGCAUCCACUUGACUCAUCAGUCUGUUCAGUGAGUUGUAGGGAUGACUCAAUUUCCAUUUGGGACGUCUCAAUUGAGGCUGAAAGUGCUAGUGAUUCAGACAUUCCUCAACAGCUUCUUUUCCUACACAUGGGCCAGACCGAGAUCACCGAAGUGAUGUUCCAUAGAAACAUUCCUGGAGUCAUAAUCUCAACUGCCCUGGACGGAUUUAACAUUUUUAAGACCAUCAAUGUUGAUUAG